AUGUCUUCUGCCGAUAAUAAGGUACUUACAUUAUCUGAAGUUCGAGAACUAGCUGACGACAAGAAUAAAUGCAUAAUAAUCAUCGAUAAUAACGUUUAUGAUAUAACAAGAUUUCUUGAAGAGCACCCGGGUGGUGAAGAAGUUUUAAAAGAACAACAUGGCAGAGAUGCAACAAAUGCAUUCGAAGAUGUUGGUCAUAGUUCCGAUGCACGUGAACAAAUGAAGGCAUAUAAAAUUGCUAAACUCGAUUCUAAUGAUGCUAAAAGAUCGCGUCCUACUGUAGUUGAUAAUUCGAAAGGUGAUACACGCGGUAGUAGUGAUGAAUCAGGUUCAUCGUGGACUAAAUGGAUAAUACCACUUGUGAUAGCUGUAGCAGCUGCAGCUAUUUUUAAAUUGCUAUCUAAAUCUGGACAAGAUAUCAGUCAACCACCAACUGCUAUUUAA